AUGCUAUCUUAUUCGCUAGCCGGGUCUCUAUUAAUUUUUGCAGCGUUUUUCAGACCAAGUGAUGGACAAUCAAUCGACGCCAUAUUCAACCAGCUGAGCGACCGUUUUCGCAAAUCGGCACGCGUUGAUUCGGCUGAGGACUCGGAUAGCAGGAGAAAAAUGUUGAAGUGGAGCCAGUUGAUGAGGAUGGGAGGAGAUAUUGCAAAAAACCCCAAGUACGCUCUUUUGCAUGCCUUGACAGCUACCGAACCGCCGGUGGAGGAAGAUAAAAGCGAGUUCGUUUCCCAAGACAACUUGAAGACGAUUCGAAUGCUGCAGUCGAUGAUGGGAUUUGUUAGCCCGACGACUCCGAGAUCCGGCGUCUCUUUCCAGCGCAUUUUUGAGCGUACCAUGGGAGCUUCUCCAUGGUCGAGGAUGGCAGGAACCCUACUCGACACCGUUUCAACCGGAAAUACCGUUGCAGAACGGGAACGACCUACGGAAAGUUUAUUUAGAAAAACGUGGUAUGGCGAGGCCCUAGGAACGGUUCUGGGGAUCGGCGACGAGGAAAAGCCAAUUUAUCGAGCUGCUCCGCCCCGAAACUUCGGGAUUACCAAUUUCCUAAACCCCUAUCCGGCAUAUCCGGGCGACGCGGCGGCGAGUUAUAUGGCGCGGAGGACGACUGAGGCACCGCCAGUCGUUAACCCGCUAGAACUAUUCUCUAGGCCUCUUCAGAACUUCAUCGGAACCCAGAAUCGAGACCAACGGGUCCUCGAGACCGGAAACGACGCUUUUGAUCGCCUCGUGGUUCACGAAAAUGAGGGUGGAGGCCUGUUGAGUAAUCGGUGGAAUAAGCGAGGGCUCCAAUGGACGGACGGGAACCUGAAGCUGGUCAACAUGAAAGGCAGCGAUUUGCUGGGAUCCGAGGUUGCCGUCCACGAUCGCUCUAUCGACAUCCCCGUCCAAUCGUGGAUAGACCUCGCUUCCGGUCUGGUCAGCUCGGCCCAGGGCCACGAGCGGCAACAAGACGACGAAUUCCGCGCC